AUGUCCUCACUCGUCCGUCCCAAGGAUGCACCACAGAUCCAGCCACGAAAUCCCCUGGCUCGACCAGGCCCUAUACCAAACAUCAGACUAGAGGCCUUAUACACCGAGCGAGCACCAUAUUUGGUGGUAAGGGAGGAUUCGUCGUCAACUUCGGACAGUGCAACGAGCAGUGCGUCCUGUGGCCCUCAUGAUAGCUCCGGGGCCUGUAAAAAGUCUUCUGAUUCUGGUGGUUCGAACAACACUUUGCCGAUUGUCCUAGGAGUGAUCAUCCCUUUGGGCAUCGCCCUUCUGGUCCUAAUAUUUCUGCACCGCCGACAUGUGAGGAAGUUGAGAAGAGAGGAUGCAGACGACAAACACAAGUCUCUCGAUUUUGGGCUUGGCGAUACACAUCAAGGGGCGGGCAAGAAGAAUCGUCGGAAGGGGCCAGAAAUGACCAUGAGUGAGACGAAGGGGGUCAGUCGCCGCGGACAAGGAUUGUCAUUGGAUUUGGGCAUGCACAACCCAUAUCUUCUGCCACCCGAACUCCAGCAGUCUCGGGAGUCACUGCAUUCACUCUCCCGCUCCAUGAACACCGGCGACGACAAGUACCGGGCUACCACAUUCAUUCCAGACGAUGGGUCUAUACGGCCGCCUUCGAGUUUAAGGAGUCCCAUCGAUGAUUCGUCCAGCUACACAGGAUCGUCUAGCCGCAGAUUUCAACCCGACUCGAAACAAAACCUGCUGCGCAAUGCACAGGACAACCCGGUGGGAGCCCCUUUGAGUCGCAUGUCAACGAACUCCGUCCAAAGUGCUUCAGCCAUUUCUUUACCCGCCGGCACUAGAACCAUAGCGCAGGCGAACAACAACAAUUUGCUUACCCCUGCGACGGCAGAGCCCAUCCGUGACUCAUACGUGAGUACUGCUAGCAGCAAUGGAGCUGUGAAUGCUUUAAGGGCUAGCAACAACUAUCUGGGUCGGUUUAUCAGCGGAGGGAACAAGGCCGAGUCUCCCAAAAAAGAACCCACUACCACAGUGACAGAAAUCACAGUUGAACCACCAUCCGAAGACAUACGGGCCCCUCCGCCUGCGAUUGUCAAGGAUGCUCCCGUUGCACCUCCUACCAUCCUAUUACCCCAGAAUAACUCGGCACCCACUAUCAGUUUGGAUGGCCCAGAUUCUCGACAGCCGAGACUACCCCAACUCAGCUUCAUUGAUUCUCAAGGCAACAAGCAAAGUUCGGUCGAGCUUGAGAAGCCUCUCGAAAUAGUUCCCGACAGCCCUAAAGGCGCGCCUCAACAUUUCGAAGCCCCUUCGACGGAUCUCAGCCCCUUGACACAGGCUACCCAAAGUCGGUCAAAUCAUCCGGACGAGCAAACCUCGGUGGACGAAGUUGACUACUACGAUGAAUACGAAGACUAUGGAUCUCAAGAUCACCAACACGACGGUCUUGAAGAGUAUCAGCACUACCAAGAUUAUGUUGACUAUGAUCCCCGUCGACUGACGAUGGGUGUGAGACCUUUGCCUCCGGAUGACCCGAGUGAGAACCCGGAACAACGAGCCAACCGCAUCAGAUCAUUCUACAAGGAGUAUUUUGAUGAUACAAAGCCACAGAGUUCUUUCCAGAACGGACAGUACUAUGAUGGCGCUGAAGAUUACUACGACACAUACGGCUCAGGAGGCCACUACGAUCAAAGCGGUGUUUACCCACCUCACAGGCAGCCACAGAACGGCGUUCAUGGAAGACAUCGUGCGACGGUGUCAAACGGAAGUUAUAUAUCGGGACCUAGAGCAUUUUCAUCUGCUUCAGGCAGGUAUGGAGGACGUCCUCCUCACCUGACACCUAAGAGAAAGUUACCACCGCCCACGCCGCUGAAUCUUCUGCCCACUCCUCAUUUACUGAAAGAGGACACGGUUCUACCGAUCGAUUUUGCCCCGCCCCAGAGAUUUCAAGCGCAGAGGGCCGGUACGCCUGACAGUCUUCGAGGAGGGCUCAGACCGUUUUCUCCUGCCGCGAGACCUCAUGUACCGCUAGUAUCGUCUUUUGAUGAUCUGGCGGUGCUACCCAGCCCUCAUGCUCUGAGAAAGUCAUCGACCUUUACAGCCCUCGAUUUUGCACCACCACGAGGUCCAAUGGGGGUAGAUACAAUGAGUGAAACAGGCAGCAUCCGGAGCAAUCGAUCCGGAGUAUCAGCAAUGCAUCUGCAUAACAUUCGCAAGGGAGCCUACCGAGUCAGCCGGAUUCCUAAGGAGGUUGCAGGGACCAAGGACGAGCUGGCCACAGCGCUGAAGCCGCAGUGGAAUCUGAAUCGGUGA